UGAGGACCUCACUAGUAAAAUUUAUUAACCUCCAAUGUACACAAUAGUCUUCUGCAUACAAACUGAUGCUAAAGACAAAUGCAAAUGUCAUCAAAGUGCCUUUUAUUAGGGUAAAAACCUACAUGCUAAAUGAACUCACGGACAGUACAUUUUUACAUGCAGUAAUAAAAACACAAAAGGCCUUUUCUGUACAGCUAUGUGUCCCUUUUUAUCAGAGUCUGAAUUCCUGAUUAAAUCAUUAUCCAUGUCCCUGUGUCAUUACCAUACAUACUAAUGCACACAAUGUGCCAGGCAGGCGCCUGCAUAUACAUAACAAACAGCAAUCCUUCCACUCCAGCAACACAGACCGGCUCACGUGCUGCUGCUCUCACUCUCCGCCCCGUCUCAGGUAUCCUUCCGACUUCCCGUAAAUAGUCCUUGUCAGACACCGCCCCCUCAGCUAUACCUGGACCCUCAGCUCGGCGACCUCUGUAUUUCUGAGAAGUGCUAACAUUGAUUGUGUGUCGGCCCUUGUCCUCCCGGAGCUGUGUGUGGUGGAGAGGCCAGGUAGGGCACGAGGUUGGCGGAUAUAGGACCGGUGGCUGGUCGGCAGUAUCGCUCCGCGGACCCCAUCUCCUCAGACUGUUUUGGUCUUUGCUCGCCUGUGGCAACAGCGGACACUUCACUCGCUCUCCCCCCGGCCUCCCAGAGCACUCCCAGCCCCCGGCUGCCGCUCGGUACCAGGCCCAGAGCUGUGUACUUGGCGUUUUAGAAGAGAAGAAGCGAAUACCUUGUUUUGAAUUCAUUUUUAAAUUCUUAGAGAGAAGUCUCUAUAUAUUAUUUUUUUUCCCCUUCAUUUUUUUUUUAAUUAUUGGGUUCGUCAGUGGCUGUGAAUUGCGGUGGUUUAUGGGACCGUCAUGUCCAUGAAGCAGGCCGGUAAUAACCGAAAGCCCAGUGGGGGCAGCGUCCCGGCGGCUGGAGGAGGUAGACAGAGCAUGGGCAGGUGAGUGAUGGUACCCCAGGUGUGGGGGCAGCCAUGUUAUAGUAUCAUAUUGUGGGGAACGGGCUCUUUGUAUGGGGAGGGCUGGGGGGGGGUUCACCUUCAGGGGCUGUCAGGGCCUGCUGCUCUCAGAUCGGACAGUGAGGCCUGCAGGGCUCGAGUAAUGCCGCAUCCGGCCUGCUGACCUCCUGUUACCUUCCGCUAGCCUGGUUCAAUACAUAGCUUAGCCCUUCCUACACAGCCUGUACACGGGCUGGGUCUGCCCUGGGCUGGAAUCCUCAGCGUUCUUAUUGUGGUAACAUUGUUACAGUGCUUAGAACGUUCAGUUACCCGGUGACACCUUACUGACAGUCCACACACUGCUCCAUACAGCGCAUGCCUGGGGCUGGGCUCGCUCACUGCUGGGCCUAGGUCACUGAUGGCUCACCUUUGGCACUCCAGCUGCUGUGGACUACGUUUCCCAUAGGGCUCAGUCAGUCCAGGACGGCCGAGCAAUUCAGGGAAGGGUAGUGCACAGCAGCUGGACACCAGCAGGUGAUUACUUAUAACUUCCUCAGCAUAUUAGGAGGGAUGUCAUUGCCGUGCUAGUGGGCUAUAAAUUGGACGUUUGUGUGUAUAUGAUGGUGGGCCUAUGUACCGUGUAUCUAGGGAAGCUUCCUGGUGUCUGUAAUGAAAGGUUCAGCAGGGAAGAGUGAAGCACUGAUUGAGCAGAUUGUGUGUGUGUGACAUCCAUGAGAUCAGUGUCCUUUUAACCAUGUGGACAUGGUGGUGCCAUUCAAACGCAUAUAGCUGAAUUCUUUACAAGGCAUGUGUUUAAGGAAAGAUGCUGAAGUCAAUGAUCGGUUAACUUGUUGCUGGCCAUAAAUCACUUCUACAUGAUGUCUUCCGUUUCUGAGUGUUGGACCUCUGUCUCUCGUUAUCUGCAAUAUGGGCUCUGUGCGGGGCUGCUUCCUCCUGGCACACGAGCGGUUAAUCCGCAGUGCUCGCCAAUAGCAGACAGGGCGUUUAUGCCGGCUGCGCAUUUUUAUGCUUCUGUGUUGCUUCCUGAAAUCCUCCAAUCCAGUCUUUUUCACCAUUAGCCCUGCCAUGGAUUGUAUCAACGUUUACUGGAUCUAAGGUUAAUAAAACCGGAUUGUUGGGGUAAUCGGGGUAGAUUAUGACUAUCUUUAUCAUAACAUGUUCAUAGGGUAAAAAACCAUGGUCGAUUAGUCAUUCAAUAGAAAUCUAUGUGACUUGUAAUAAAUGGCUUUUUACUUGGGCUCUAUGACCUUUUUGGUUAACAGCAUAGCGACCAUUUUCAUUAUUGCUGUUAUUACAGAAGAAUGCUGACAUUCUAACAAAGCUACCGGGUUCUGUCCGAUCUCUGGAUAGUUUGUGCAUAUUUGUAACAUAUUUUGGUGUAUUUUAUAAUGGCAGCUGCGUUGCCUGCUUGAUGUCCUGUCUCAUAUUAUGAGCGUGCAUGACUUCAGUACACAGCACAGUAUAUUUUCAUUACCCUGCAAUAUGGCUGGGUUUUGACAAGAAGACUGUGCUCUUUACAGCAGUGCAUGUGAAAUUGCAUUAUCUCUUGUGAACCUAGAAUGUGAAUUAAGGCAUUGUACUUGGGGUAAAUGUAUUUCCAUGCAGGGGUAUUUUUUUUUUUUUAAAUUUUUUUUUUGUUUUGUAAAUAUUAUAACCAAUCUAACCUAGAGCUGCACAUUUAAAUGUGAUUUGAUAUAUUUUUUGCAAGAAUUCAUCUGGCCGUAUCAUGCAAACGCAUUGUCUGGGUUAUUCACUAAACUGUAACAUGUCGUGGGAAUAUAACAUUUUAGGCCAAAACUAUUCAGGUCAGCUAUCUCCCCGCCCCUUUUGAACCCCAAACUUAAAUUUUCCAACAAUUCCUGGUUUAGUGAAUGAUACUAUUUUGUAGCAAUAAUAUAAAUAACUAUUUUAGAUAUGUGAAUAUGCAUUUUGAAAUGACUGGAGGACAUAAGUAUCACUGCACUUUUCUUUACCUGGGCCAUUGCUUACUGUCAGUAUACAACAGGAAGUGACAAGUGCAAAGGAAAAUUUUCUUCCACCUUUCUGAUGACGUGUUUAGUUUUAAUUGACUCAGAUUCUUUUAAAUUGCUAGCAAAACCAAAAGAAUAGGUUUUUGUUUUUGUUUUGUUUUAUUUUUCAUUUACAUUCUGAUGUUGGUAACAGUGUAUGUUUGUUCUCACCUUAUACAUUUAGUCAGGGAUAGUCGACCUUUGGCACUCCAGAUGUUGUGGACUGUAUCUCCUCUGAUGCUUUGUCAGCAUUAUGGCUGUAAAAGCAUUUCUAGGACAUGUAGUCCAGAACACCUGGAGUGCUGAAGGUGAACUACCACAUCAUUGGCUUAUCCUAUAUAACUGAUAUAGUGCACCUCUUUCAACAUAAGGUCCAUUUUCAAGCUUCCCUCAAUAAAAUCAACUAUAGGUUUAAUGGCACACCUGCAAUGUCUAAAGAUUUUUAUCAUAUAAUUUGAUGUGGCAGUCUAUAAAAGUUGCCUUUCAUUUAGCAGUUGCAGCAUUUGGAAGAUAUGCCCACAGUUAGAACAUGUAAACCCAGUUUAGUUUCACUGUACUGUUUAAUUUUUUUAAUAUUGCUGUUUUUUUACAAUUUUAUUUUGUAUACGUAAGAAACGAACAAGCAUUCGUUGGCAAAGCAUACACAAGAUGUAAAUCAAUAUUGCUAAAUACAGACUAAUAAAUUCAUGGCAUGUAGCGGAGUUAAGGGAUAUGUCAGACAGUAAUUGUUUGAUCAUCCUUCGUUUGCUACAGACUUGCAUACAUCACUUUGCCUUUAUUUUGCUUUAUAAACAUGGCAUGUUCCCACAUGCUUGAAGCAAUAUUUUGCAUGUAUAGUAAGACCCUUUCAAAAUGUACACAGGCAAUCUAAUCUGUGUUGCCUCAUUUUAUUUUUUUUCAUAACUUAAACACAAUGUGUGUGUGUGUAUAAUAGCAUUUUUAAGGGACUAAACCUUCUUCACCAGAACCAUAUUAUCAUAAUAAUAAUUUAUAUAACACCAAGUUAUUCUGCAGCACUUUACAAUAAUGUGGAAUUUAUAGAAUGAUAUAGGGACAAUAGGUAGAUGAGGACCCUGCUCAGAUUAUCUUACAGUCUAGAGGAUUUCUAUUAUAUACUUACAUGGCAUUGACUACUUUAGUACAUUCAUAUUUGUCCUGACUACACAGGACUGGGCAUUUACUGUAGGCCACCUGCCAUUGAUAAGGAAGAAAAUCUGUUUGAGAAUUUUAUAUCUGUAUACCUAAUCGUGGUUAAGCUAGCAUUUAUUCUUGUCCUGUAAACUUUAGUGGCUUCCUGAUGCCUCAGUGUAUACAUACCCAAAUGAUAUGGCUUAAAAAAAAAGGUUUUUACUCGGUUACAUAUUUUAGCAAAUCAGGAUACCACAUCGGAGCUCCAUUUCACUAAUUAUGUUUCUGGGAUAUUAUUGUCAAUCCCUGAACUUCCAUUUAAGCAAUUGUGAGCUGUGGAUGUGCAAACCACUCAUUUAACUUAUAAUGAGGAAACAAUUAUUCACAGUAGCACGCAUAUAGAUGCUUUUGAUAUCCCACAAAUUUCAGGUUUCUCAGGUUUUUGUAGGUACGCUCUAACUUCAAAUGGAAACCAUCUUUAAAAGAAAAUUUGAAUAUUGAUUAAUAUAGCAUUAAUAUAGUUAAAUUUGACUUUUUCAACAUGUUUUACUUUUGGCGUACAUUUAUAACAAAAUACAGAUUGUGGGCAUUUCUUCUUUAGUUCAAUAGCCUUUCGAUUACAAAAGCGUGUUGUAAAAGUGGUUUGCAAUAAACCUAUUUGAUAUAGGAACAUGUUUCUUGCAAACCACUUUUACUAUAUGCUUUUUAACAAUCUUAGUCUAUCCCAGGGGUUGACAACCUUUGGUAGUUGUGGACUACAUUUCCCAUGUUGCUUUGUCAGCAUUAUGGGAGAGCUAGUUCAUAAUACCUGGAUUGCUAUACAUGUUGUUGUUGUUCUAAUACCCACUUUAACAUUUCUAUUCAAUCAGAAAUAUUACAUAUUUGUAACAUAGAGCUAAAGCUAUGCAACCUGGUGUUGCCCAUCAGUUGCUAAACUGACUUGCAAAAGGUACGUUUCUUUGCCAGUUAAGGGAAUGGAGAGUAACUGGUUGAUAGUAUACACUGACCACUCUCAACCAAUCAGCGGUGCCCCCUGCCCAGCUGCACUCCGAGCUCCCAGAGUCUAAAGUCAGAAGCAGCCAGGCGAGGGGAGGAGUGGAGACCAGCUCUGGAGGCAACAUAAGGGUUAAACCACUUGAUAACUGUUUUGUUGCUUGAGAUAAGACUGCCUACAGGUGCCUCCUGGUACCAAAACAAUUUACCUUUUUUUGGUGCCUGGAGAGCUCUUUUUAAGAGGAUAGCGUUACGACCUGGCCAUGCAUCAGAGUUCAUAUGGGUCUUCAUAGUAUGCAGGAUAUUAAAGGGAAUUUAAUCCCACAGUUUAACUGAGGUGAAUCUUUUCAUACCAUAUUUUAAAACAUUUGUUUAAGCAGAGCAGUCCCCUGCUCUUCUGGGUCUUGUGACUUUUCCUCUAAGUAUAAACUGUGCGAACAAAUAUAACUUGGAUAUUUCUAAUGAACCAUAUCUCACUCAUAACUUGACAUAAAGAAGUACAAACUAUCCAGUCUGUAGUCCGUCACAAAAUUUUUUUUGAUGGUCUGCAUCUGUUUACGCAGUGAUGGUUGAUCAGACACAAAACCAACAUAUUUUACUUUUAAACUAAUGGAUAAGCUUUUCAAAUCCUUUAAUAUUUUUCAACAAUCUUGUAGCGAGGCCUUAAUAUACUAUUCUGUCAAACAUAAUGGGUGGCUAACUCAUGGGGAGGUCCAGAAAUUAAGUUUAUAUAAUUGUGCGGGGAAUUCUAAGUUUUUUGAGAAUACCUUUUUUAAUAUAAUUUCUCUUUAUAUGUUUUAGGGGACGUAGCAGUGGCAAAGGGCCUCUUCAAUCCGUAAGUACACAAUUUAAUUCAUUUAACUACUUUGCAAAAUUAUGACUGUUCUAUUAUUUAUACAUUGUACUAUCUAGUUGGAAUACAAAUGUAUUGAUUUGUAAAUUAAAAUCUUAUUCUACUUAUAGGAACACUAUAUAGUCACAAAAACAAUAUUGGCUUAAUCAAGCCGUUAUGAUGUACAUAUUAUGCUCUUGCAGUCUCACUGCUCAAUCCUCUGCUGUUUAGGCGUUAAAUCACUUUGUUUAUGCAGGCCUAGUUGCACCUCCGUGCAUAGUCUUCCUAUACACUUCCUGUAAAGACAGAUCUAGUGUUUAUACUUGGCUUACUGCACAGUAUGUCUAAUUUAGAAUUUAUCCCUUGCACUGUUAAUAACUUGCUAGACCUUGCAGGGGUCUCCUGUGUGUGAUUUUAAAGUUCAAUUUAAGUUGUGUGAGGGGAGAGGAGGAGGUGUGGCUAGGGCUGCAUAAACGGCAACAGACGUGAUUGAACUCCUAAAUGGCAAAGAUUUGAGCAGUGAAACUGCAGGUGCAUGAUCUAUACAACAAAACUGAUUAAUUAAAAGGACACUAUAGUCACCAGAACAACUACAGCUUGAUGAACAAGAGAACAAGCAGCGUUUUAUAUUGCUGCCAAUAUACUCUCUAGUGGCCGUCACUCAGAUGGCCAUUACAGGGGAUUCCUGGGUCAGUGCUGCACAAUGAGUAGCACUGACAUUUGGCGUCUCCGCUCGUUACAUGGAGGCGCUGAACGUUUACCAUAGAGAUGCAUCUCUGAGGAGAUGCUGAUUGGAGUAGCAUUUUGCCGCGUAUGUGCAAUAGCCUCUCAAUGCUUUCCUAUGGGAAUGCAUUGGAUUGGCUGAGAUUGUCAAUUCUGGUGAUGUCAGCCAAGGGGGUGGAGCAUAGGUAAGGCCAGCCACGACAGACCCACACAGCGCUGGAGUAAAAUAUGCUUUUACUUAGUUGACAGUGGACAUAAAUUGUUUUCAUAACUAUAGUGACCAGAAUACAUUUUUGUAUUCCUGUCACUACAGUGUUCUCUUUAGCUAAAGUUGUCCUGUUGACUACGAUCCCUUUAAUUCCACUCUACCAGGCUUAAACACCAAAGUUCUGUGUGCCUGUUUUGACACCUUGGGUGCUAUUUAGUGCAUCGAUUCUCUUCCUGCACUUUUUUUAAACCAAUAACUUGUAUGCCUGGGGAACAAUCCUUAUGAAUGUCUCUGUGGCGUGUCAGGUAUUUAAUCCAAUUUUGACAUGCACGUAAACCAGGAAGUGACUGAGAAACGUUUAUAAAAUACAUGAUCAUCCACAGAAUUAACGAUUUGCAGUUCUUUUUGUGUCCUCCCCUCCCCCAACUUUUUCCAUUAUCAUAUUCUGCUUUUGUGUGUUCCUUUGCACACACAAAAUCUUGAUUAAUUACAGGAUUCCCCUAUAUUUUCUUCUAUGAACGUUUAAUAUCUUGCUUUUACUAAAGCUCACCAAAAGAUUUCUUUGGCACUUGAGGACAUUUUUAAGGAAUCCAUUUGCUAAGCACAAAGCGUGUAUUGUAGUAAUUUAAAGUCAGGAAUGUGUGUGCAUUGCAGUGCUACAGAAGGCUGGAUUUGAUAAAUGGGAGAUCUUUUGAUUUUAUUUUCCAUUUUAGUUUAUUUUCUACUACUUUAUUUUACAGCACAAUACAUCCAAAACCAGUUAUUGAAUUGAAAUAUACAAGCUUUAUUUACAUGUGCUUCAGAUGGUGUUCUAAUUGCAGCCUGUUUUUAUAUAUCCUAUAAAAUGUAACGUUUAUCCUGGUUUUUAUUUAUUUGAAAGUAUAGUUAAACGAAUUAUAGUUUAACAAAGAAUUGCUGCAUUUAUGCUAAAAUGUCUACAGCUGAUCCUAAUAAUUUUUCCAUGUGGUGGUUUUGUGCUUAUUAAAGAGCCUGUCCCUUUCUGAUCCUUACAACCUCUAUAUUUUAAACAUUUUGGACAUGAGUAAAACUGGGUACUUCUGGUUGAACAGGGCACAUCUUAACCGCAAGUGCUGAAACUCAAUGUAUAAAUGUAUGUUUGUGAGGUUUUUCUUUUUAAUCUAGACCCCCAACCCACUGUGGAGUCAUAAUACUACCAAAAAGUUAAAUAGUGUCUGGAUAACUAAAACUUAAAUUCAUUUCUUAACCACUACACGCCUUUCACACUUUAUAAGGCAUUUAAUCUAAGAUUUUACAUAUCUAUUUAACAGACAUGAAGGAAGGGGCGGUGCUUUUUUAAAUUAUGAAAAAUCAAAACUGUUGCAAACUUGGGUUCAUAUCUUUUAACCAUUUUUCAAUGUCUUCAUGAAAUGUGAAACUCCUGCUGAAAUCUGUGGUAACCUGUAUCUAUCUGGUUUUUAUUGUUGUAAUCUAAAAACAAGCACCUCUACAUGUCUGAGAUGAGAUCUAAAAUCUUGUAGUUACACUUCUCAUUAAAGGGACAGUAUAGGAAUCAUAAAAACUUAAUCUAAAUGGUGCCUUAAGGUUUAACCUCAGUCUCCUCCAACGCCGAACUCCGCUCUCCCCAGGCAGCAUCCAGCUUCUGAAAUUUGUUUCAGAGCGCGGUGCUGCUGAUUGGCUGAGAGCGGUCAGCUGAUACACUCAGUUAAUUUGACUCCCCAUCCACACAACUGGCUUGGAAAAGGUAUGUUUCUUUCCAAGCCAGUUUUGUAAAUAGUGAGUUACUGUUUGGUUAAGAGCCCUUUGAGUGCACCUGUGGGCCUCCUGGCACCAUAACAUAAUUUAGAUGAAGUUGUCAUGGUGCCUGGAGUGUUCCUGUUAUGUACCUGUAGGAGUAGAGGUGGACGGCCUCCCUGUUGUGGAAUAAGGAACCCCAUUGAAAACAUGGAGUAAGGCAAAGGAGGUAAUGUUUCAGUGUGUGUAAUAUAUAUUCACUGUUUUUCUUAUGCCUUUUCUGUUUGUGCCUAUUCAUUCACUUAUUUGCACCACAAUUUUCCUUACUGUGACUCUUGAGUCAUUUUAAUUUCCUGAUCCAUUUUGUUUUGUGUGCCCCCCAUUUAUAAAAAAAAUAAAAAAGCAUUCCAAAAGUGCAAAAGAAAAAAAUCACCUGUUUUUGUUUUGUUUUUUUUCUCUUGCCACUGUCAGUGGCAGGUUUUCUGUGACAAUUCUUCCUUUUUUUUUUUUUUAUUUUUUUUUAUUUAAAGGGUUGUGCCAACCAAGAACAGCGUUUUAACAGUAAACCUGCACCACACAGCCUCCCUUUCUGAAAAUGUUAACAUUUUAUAGCUUCUCUUACUGAGUAAUAUGUUUAAGAAUUUCACCUGCUCUUCUAAUUGCCUGCUAAGAGCCUCCUUUGUAUCUGUUAAUUGAACUCUAAUCACACAGAGAACUUCUAGAAAAAACACUUUGUGUAAGCUCUGAUUUGAAACUCCCUCCUCCAUACACACAAAAUGAGUAUUGUAAAGUUAAAAUAGUUGAAGAAAUAAACGCAUUGACUGUGCUGCGUUAUACUAAAAUGCUAACUCAGUCAAAAGAUGUACUAAGAAAAAGUAGGGACUACUUUGUCGUAGUACUUUUCCUAUGCUUGACAAAAGGUAGAGCCACCAUUUGUCAAGCCCUCAGUCAUCACUAUUGAAAGAUUGUGUCUUCGGAGGAUCUUGUGGUUUUGAGAGUUCCUCCAUAGACUUGUGUUGUUGUACUCUCGCUCAUGAACGAAAGUACUACAACAACGCUGAUGCUGGUUCAUGUCAACCAAAGGGUCAGUUGCUGAAGAGAAAUGGCGGAAGCCACGAGGGACAGAUUCUUCUGCUCGCCUCGGCCACCGUACUGCCAGCAGAGCAUUUGCCAUAAGGGAGUGGGGUGUCUUUGCAAAUUAUGUGAUGACCCCAAGUAUUAGCAGUCCUUUUAAGGAAUAAAAAUAAUCCUUUAGCCCCUUUCCCCCAAGCAAUCAUUUUGGGGAGUGCGAAGAGUAACAAUCUAAAAGAGUAAUAAAAAUUGUUAGAAAUGUCUUAGAGUGCUCAAGCAGGGUUGGGUGGAGCCACCAUUGUUUGAAGGGUUGUGUAAAAGCUUUAUAAUUAAUAAAAUGGUGCAAAUGGGAAAAUCAAUGCAUUUUUUUUUUUGUUCCCUCUCCUUUAAUGGCUUUGAGCCUACAUAUGCUAAAAGUUUGUUUGAAGAGGGCAAAAAUAUUCUGUCGAUCAGUGAACGUUGUUAGGUUUAACUUUGUGUUUCCAACUCUUUUAGAUUUCAUUUGAUGGGAUCUAUGCAAACAUGCGGCUGGUCCAUGUUCUAACGUCAGUAGUUGUAAGUUCUCUAUUUGUGUGUCUUUUCUCAUUUAAUUGUUGCAUGCAAAUUCACGUCUUCUAUUCUCGUAUAUCAGCCUGCAUUUAAUACAGCGUUAUCCUUAAGGACUGUGAACAGCAAGUAACAUCUUUACUAUUCUAGUGACACUCUUGCAUCUGAAGUAGUUAAGGUACUUCGAGUACAGUCUCUGGAAUUUUUAAAACUGAGCAAAGUCUUUAAAUACCAGCAAUCAUAUACAAACUCAUUGAGUUGUGUGCAAGUUUAAAAGUAUAGCUGCCGAGGAGCCCAACACUGGAGAAAGGUGAGUGUUUAACCCCCUUCCGGCGGGAGGGGAGCCAUGAGGGUGGGGGCACCCUCAGGGCACUAUAGUUCCAGAAAAACAAACUUGUUUUCCUGGAACUAUAGUUAAACACUCACCUUUCUCCAGUGCUGGGCUCCCUCGGCGCUGGGGACUCGCCUCCUCCUUUGGCCGUCAUCGGCUGAAUGCGCGUGCGCGGCAAGAGCCUCGCGCAUUUUCAGUCAAUCCAUAGGAAAGCAUUCUCAAUGCUUUCCUAUGGACGCUGACGUCUUCUCACUGUGAAAAUCACAGUGAGAAGCCUGGAAGCGCCUCUAGCGGCUGUCAAUGAGACAGCCACUAGAGGCUGGAUUAACCCAUAUGUAAACAUAGCGGUUUCUCUGAAACUGCUAUAUUUACAGCAGGCAGGGUUAACCCUAGAGGGACCUGGCACCCUGACCACUUCAUUAAGCUGAAGUGGUCUGGGUGCCUAUAAUGGUCCUUUUAAUGAUAGAAUGUGUAGGUGAAGAGCUAGAUUUUUGUCUGCAAUAUUUAAAGGAUUUUCACAGUGAGAAGCACGCAAGCGCCUCUAGGGGCUGUCAAUGAGACAGCCGCUAGAGGCUUUGGGGGAAGGCUUAACCCAUUGAUAAACAUAGCAGUUUCUCUGAAACUGCUAUGUUUAUAAAACAAUGGGUUAACCCUAGAAGGACCUGGCACCCAGACCACUUCAUUAAGCUGAAGUGGUCUGGGUGCCUAGAGUGGUCCUUUAAGGGUGUAACUUUACAGAGAUGGUACCCUGGAACUAUAACUACUUUGCCGUAGUGGUUAUGGGCCAUAGCAUGUCCACUUUUUUGCAAGGAAUGGAUUUAUUGUGUGUGUGUGUGUGUGUGUGUGUGCGCUCUCUUUGGAUGUGUAAAUAUAAAAAUUUUAAAGGGGUACCAUAACCAUUAUAGCCUGCUGUACUUGUUAUGGCAUUAGAUUUUUCUGUCCGCUCUGACAGUUUUCAUGUCAUUUCUUUGCGGAGUGUCUUUUUGUUGGCUAUUAAAGUGUAAACAUACGUAUGCAAGCAGUGAGGUUUGGAUGCAUCUCUGUAUGCCCAUUAUUGGGAAUGAUGGAUCAGGAGUGAGAAAAAUGUUAAGACGCUUCCAACCCUUAUCAAAAUUGUUUCUUGAUGUGCCUCUGAUGACUAGAUUGAUUGGCCUAAUACACACUCCAAAAAGUAGUGUAACUUCAUUCAGCUUUACUUAAGGCUGGUACCUUUAAAUAAUAGGCAGUGCUAUUUUCCCUACAUGAAUCUGUUAAGUUGUUUGGUUGUUCUUACAGUGUUAAAUUGAUACUAUCUUCUAUAACUUACCAUUUUUUACGUGUGUAGUUGAAAGCAAUUUCAAGCAGCGUCAUGUGUCUUGGCAGAAUGUAAACCAUGGUAAAAGAUUGAAGUUUUAUUUUUGUGUUUCACUUUCGGUUUUAGUUAAAGAAUAAGAAUCCCUUAACACACAGCUGUAGACUUUCUGAUUUUGUCUUUACUUUUCUUGGAUGCUGUGUGUAUUUGUGCCUAGAAUAUUAUUGUGCAAUAACUCUUUUAGCUAUCCUCCUAUAUCUGUAUCGUAGUGUUUUUGUUACCUCCUUUUACCACCAUCUUAGAAAUAUGGUUGGAAGUUAUGCAUCUGACAUAUUGCCUAUUGUUGAUUUAUUCUGUGGUGUAUUUUUUUUUUUUUUUCGUUUACUUUUUGAGUUAUAUUGCUUUCCUGAAAUGUUUCAUUUUUCAGGAGACUUUUAAUUUUUUAAUGCUGGUUAUAAUUCUAGUCUCAGAAUAAAACAAGCAUUAGUUUCUGAGCGUAUUUUGCCAUCUUUCAAGCUUCACCAGAAUGGUUUAGUCUGUGGCUUGAAGGAAGUUCAUUGUGAUUAAUUGGUCCCCUAAAAAGGCACUAAUCUGUUCUAUUACUUGUCUGUGCUGCAGGUAGUGCACAUAAAAUGUUUUGGUGUUUGUUUUUAUUUUUAUUUUUUAUCAAAAAAGUGAAUUUAUAUGUUAAAUGAACACUCCAAGCACUGUAGCAGUGAUGUGGCCUCCCAGGGAAAGUAGUCAAACUGGACCGCAGUCACCUCCUGGAAGGUUCUUCUGUUGUAUCUUCCAGUGAUGCAUAGUUCAGAUUGCAUUUAUAAAUAUAUGCAAAUUCGCCAAAUUGAAAACAAAACCAUUCUCUAAGUCGGUUUUGUUUUCAACUUGGUUAUUUUUGUGUAAAAGAUGAAAUUCAAGUGGAAUUCAUUUCACAAGAUACUUAAGCAAAUGGCUAUUUUUCUGUGGAUAAUAUUGGUCUUGUGUAUUCUAAAGCGGCAAUAUGAACAGUAAGUCAUCCUCUGCUUGGGUAUUGCAGGUGCCUUAGCUUAUGGGUGUAAACGUAAAAAAAGUGUAACAUAUAAGGUUGUUUUUUUUUAUUUUUUUGUGUGUUCUUUCUAGGGUUCAAAAUGUGAAGUUCACGUGAAAAAUGGCAAUGUGUAUGAAGGAGUUUUCAAAACUUACAGCCCUAAGGUAAGUCAUCUCACUUAUUUCCCCCCCCACCCACCCAUUUUUUUUUUUUUCAAUUGAAUGACUACAUAAGCUGAUUUAUCUUGCUUCAAACUGACGAGAUGAGUGUUCCAUUGUGUGCUUUAUAAAAGGGACUUGUGUCAUUCACAAAAAUGGCACCAUUGCAUUCGGUCAUUGUAAUCUGAAAUGUUGUGUACUCUACUAAUUCUCAGUCUUGUUUUGUAGUGCGAUUUGGUGCUUGAUGCCGCUCAUAAGAAAAUAUCCGACUCUGUGGGGCCAAAACGUGAAGAAAUUGUAGAUAGUAUAUUGUUCAAGUCUUCUGACUUUGUUAUGGUGCAAUUUAAAGAUAUGGACAUAAAUUAUGCAAGAAGAGGUAAGAACUGCAUUUUAUUUUUCGUAUUUUUAUUGACUGGUUGUAUGCAAUAUAGUUCCAUUAUUAAAUCUAAAGUGUUCUUUACUGUAUUUCCCCAAUUAACAUUUAGUAUUGCCACUGCUGAUAUUUUUGCUAGUUUAUUGCAAACAAAGGCUUUAUGUAAUUUUUAUUCAAGCAACACGGAGGUUAAAAGUACAUAUUUUUAAUGUUGGUGUGUUUUUUUAGCUUCAAUGUUUGAUAAAAUCAAGACAAAAAGGCUUAAACACUUGUAACCAGCCGUUGUACAGACUCCACUAUGCGCAUGGUAUUGGGGGCAAUAGGACGUACCCUCGGCAGUAUCAGUUCUCUUAGAUGAGAAACUUUCUUAAAAUUUUGCGGUGUCCAUGCAUGGUGUGAAAAACUUUGGUUUGUGAAGGUUUUCAAAAGGAAUACCUAUAGUCUAUUUUAACCUGUCAGCUGCUAGAGGCGAGUUAUUGGCCAGAUAUAAACACUGUUGAUUUAUAAUUAUAAGAACCAUAUGAGGUUUGUUUUUGUGUUUUAUUUUACAAAAAAAAAAAUUUGACCUUUUUUAUUAAUCCAGUAACUCACAGCUUGAAGUACAGAUUGGAGAGUAGUUGUGGGGAGGAGCUAACUAAAUUUUCUGAUGACGGGUAGAACUCUGUUGGACACUGUAGAUUAGGAGGGGGCGGGACAGAAAGGGAGCUGUGACAUAAUGUACUCAAGUACAUUAAAGAGACACUAAGCACAACAACUUAUUGUAGUGGUUUUUGUACAAAGACUGCAUGCAUUCUCUGUUGUAAACUCUCCCUUUUGUAAAAAGGCAGUAUUUACAUUGAGCUAUCUUUAGGGACUGUCCAUCCCACUGCUACUAGAGGCCCUUGUUGUUGCUUUAACUUUAUAUUUGCAGUACAAUGUAUCCUUUUAAUCAACAAGCUAUUACCCUACAUAUUGACUAUAUCCAUAAAUAUUCUGUUUAAAAAGGGAAAAAAAUUGUCCAGGUGUUGGUUAAAAAAAAAACUGUACAUAAUCUGAUAAAGCCACCUCUUGAUGCAGAGACCACCACCUUCUUAGUGUUUUAAGAUAAUGCAGUUGCAAUUUUUUUCUCUCUCAAUUUAGGGCAAAAUGUUGAUGUGUUAAACCAGGGGUGCCCAAAAGGUUGAUCCCUUUGUUUUCAAACCACUUCCAUGAUGCGUUGUCAUUCUAAAGGCACGCAAAGAAGAAUGGGGUUUUAGUUCUACAAAAUCUGGUGAUAUAACUUUUGGGCACCCCUGUGUUAUACCAUAAGGAAUGUUAAAAAGAUCCUCUCACACUUUGCAUACACAUUUUUAAAAAGUUCAGUUUCCUAAAAAUGUUACAAAAUUAUUCUCAAAGUAACUUUUCUUAGGGGUUUUGUAUGGAUUUGUGAAUGACAUUGCUGUAAUAUCCAUGAUACGUCAAUUUGUCACCCCCUUAUCUGAUCUUUCCACAUUUUUUUUCCCCUUUUUCUGUAGUUCCUUCAGAAUCAGGUAAAUUCUGCUUUUUCAACUGGUCACAUUGUUGCCUUGCAUUACAUUUCUUGUUUUAUUGAAUGGUUCCCCUCUUUCCCCUUAAAUUGGCGUUUCACUUGUAUGCCCAAUUUGCACUCCCCUGUGGAAGUGUAGGGUUUAUCUUGCAGAUUAUGCACAAAUUUGUCAUUGAUUUUUGCAUGUUUCACAUAAUGUUAUAGUGAGGUUUUAGCUGCAAAACUAGAUAUUUUUAAAAAGACACAAACGAGUUAGGUCCAUAUUACUCUAAAGCAGCAGUUGUCAAAAAAAAACUUGUAUAUAUUAAAAAAAUUAAAAAAUGUUGGGGUUCAAAUUAGUAGGCAAAUUCAACCAAAAUUUAUGGGCAUGGAAAAAAGAAACCCUUACACAUAUAGGUAUACAGUACUCCACAAACCAAAAGAGUUAGCAUUAACCUUAAACCUCAUAAACUGGGCUGAAUUGGUUUAUUCAAUUUAGCAUUAUUUCUUUUACAGCUCUAUUAGUUUUUUAGGUUUCUGAAGUUACUCACCUUUGUUCUUUUUCCAUCAGACUGCCAUCCAUAUGCCCUGUAUAUUUUGACUUGGGCACCCGGUCAUAAAGGUUUUGCAAAAGUGUCUAAAAUGUAUACAGAGAUUUUGAGAUCUUUUAUGGAGUGAGGUUGUGUUUCUCUGCAACAGCAAUAAUGUAACUGGAGCCAAAAAAGUGAUACAUUGUGGUUCUCUAUAUUUUUCUUUUGUAAUAUAUAAUUAAGUAUAUGGUUUUUAUCCACGUUUUCCAAUCUCUAGACUAUAUUGCUUCCCGUUUCAAUAUCAACUGAAGCAAAUCAUGGUGUCUAACAGACAAUAUUCUGUUUUUAGUACUUGCUGUAGAACAGGGGUAGGCAACCUUUGGUACUCCAGAUGUUGUGGACUACAUCGCACCUCAAGCUUUGCAAGCAUUCUGGAAGAUAAUGGAGUGCCUUAGGUUGCUGACUCCUACUGUAGAGCAUUUGUCCAUAGUCGUGGUCUCCAGGGAAGAUCUGCUAUCCUUAAUUUAAAAGCAAUAUUGUUUCAAAAGCUAUGACCUACAAAAAUUCUUGUCAACUUUCAUUUUCACAUGUGGAGCCAGAGCUAAAAUUGUUCAUGACAGCAGUUGUUUAAUCAGUCUUCUUUUUUACAAAAAAAAAACACUUCCCAUUAAAAGCUCUUUACUUUGCCAAAUGGCAAAUAUAUCGAUCUCUGGAAGUUGGUAGACCCCUUAUUUCCUGUUGUUUUGAAAUAGAUGUUUUUUGUUUUUUUUUAAAUGUGUUAAUCACCCUUUUCAAGAGAAACCCCUUACACUAUGGCUCUCCAGCAAAAAAUGUAAAACAUGUAAUCCCUCCCCAUUUUCAGUGUAGUCCGAAUCUUAUUUAAUAAGUGCAUGAAUGGAAUCGAUUUUUAUUUGCCCUUUCUUUUCAAGUUGUAUAUAGUGUUUCACCGCUGCCUAGUUUCUGGCUCCUUUUACUUUUUCUGACAUGUUCAAAGCCUGGAUAGGGAUCCCACAAGGAUUCAGUCUUGAACCCAGCCAGAUAUAGGCUUCACAACUUCUUUAAGCUGGGGCAAGUGAGUUGUUGUUCUAGUUUCGAGCUCUCUUGCAAGAGGAGGGAAAAAAAGCUUUAUUUAAGCAUUGACUCGAUGCAGUUAUAUUUGUAAAACCAAGAAAUGUAACUCCUUUGAAAACCAUUCUGGAAUAUAAAAACAAAUACAUGUUUAAAUUUUAUCCUGAGCAUGUAACGUGAGUAACUUUAAAAAAUAAAUAAAAAAAAAUUUGCAGUGCAUAGCUGGCCUUGAAUGAUUUCAUUCGUUCUAGUUGUGCAUGUGUGUGUAAAACAAUGCAAAUUCCAAACAGUGUGAACAGAUUUUCUGUAUUUCAGAUGGUUUUACAGAUUCUGGCAUCUCAUCCAAACUCAAUGGAGAGCAUAAAGAAAAAGAUCUCGAGCCGUGGGAUGGUGGCGAUGGUGUUAUUACUACUAGCAGUGUGACGAGUACCAGUGAGGAAAUGGAACUUUUGGAGUCUGAUGUGGUAAAUGUGACUUUGUUUAAAUGUAUAUUUUACACUUUUUUUUUUUUUUUAGUGGUGAGGUGAAUUUGUCAGAGUAACAUUUUAUUCACUUAAAAGCAUGCAAGAUUUCUGUGUGUUUUCUUAUUUGGCUCAUUUUUCCUUGGGGCUGACUGAUGGGGAUGUUUUAGCUAAAUAUCUGCCUCUUCCUUCUCUUCUGUGAAGACUGGCAGAUCAUACGGAGCCAUUGUGUAGACAAGCUGUACAGUAUCUUAAAUACUAUAACUGACUUUUUAAUUUAUUUAAUUUUUUUUAGUCCAAUGGAUGGGAUCCAAAUGAGAUGUUUCGCUAUAAUGAAGAAAACUAUGGUGUCGUAUCAACUUAUGACAGUAGUCUCUCCUCCUACACGUAAGUUUCUGUUAUUUCCAAUUUUAAUAUUUUAUUCAUGAUUACUCAAUACAAAUUAUUUUAUCUUUAACAACACACUGGUUACAGCAAAUCGACGUUUCAGUCCAUCAUAGGACUUUCAUCAGGAUCCACCUAUUAUGGACUGAAACGUCAAUUUGCUGUAACCAGUGUGUUAUUAAUAAAGAUAAAUAAUUUUCUUAAAGCCCAGCAUGUGCCUUUCUUCGUGGAGAUUUGUUGAUUUUAGGCGGGCGGGGGGGAAUAUAUAUUCAAGAAAUGCCUAUUUCAUUUAAAAAUAAAUCACAAUAUAGUGCACUUUAAAGGAAAAACUUAAAUUUAAAGUGGAACAAAUACUAUGCUUGGAAACUUUUUUUUAUUUUUUAUUUUUUUUUAUUUUUUACAAAUCCUUACACAUGUUAUUUUUUUCCCUAGUGUACCUUUGGAGAGGGAUAACUCUGAGGAGUUUUUAAAGAGGGAAGCAAGAGCAGCUCAAAUAGCUGAAGAGAUUGAGUCAAGUUCCCAGUACAAAGCACGUGUUGCCUUGGAAAACGAUGAACGGUCAGAAGAGGACAAGUACACAGCUGUUCAGCGAAACACAAGUGAUAGAGAAGGGCACACUGUGACAAAUAGGUAAGCACUACUGCAUAGACUAGUUCUAUAUCUAUACUGCUACUAUGAUGACUGGGUUUUAGUAUACUCCACUUGUUCAUUGUGACUAAAAGCAAUUCAUACUUCUAAUAUAUGCAGCAGAAAACCUUUUUUUUUUUUUUUUAAAGCGGUGUGGAUAAAAUUUUCCAAUAUGCGCUCGAUCUCACUAUUCUGGAUGUAAUUUUUUUUUAUUUAUUUAUUUUUACUUUGUGUCCAUGACUUAAUGUGUUUUGCUGCAUGUAAAAUAAAAUUGUUAUUUAAAAGUAAAUCUUUAAUAAUAAUAAUAAAACAAUUUUAAUAUGGACCACUGUUGUAUAUGUUGUGGAAAUGUUAAUGUAUUUUUGCUUUGUUUUUUUUUAUAUAUUAAUAUACAAUUUAAAAAAAACACACUUUUUUGAAAUCUAUAGAGAGAAAUAUAUUCCCCCCAGCCAGCGAAAUAAGGACGGGCUGUCAUGGAGUAGCCACAGUGGCAGGCAGAGUUCUCCAAGGAUGAGCCAAAGUGGGGCCAUUCAAACCUCACGAACGAACUCUCAUUCCUCUGACUUUAGUCCCAGUUCUGGACCUGACCAAAGAGUUGUAAAUGGAGGUAUGUUAAACUUACUUAAAAUUUAUAUUGAUUACAUUACUUCAUCUCUCUAGAUAAUAUGAAUCGGUUACUUUUUUUUUUUUUUUUUUAUAUAUAUAUAUGUGUAUAUAUAUAUAUAUGUGUGUAUAUAUAUAUAUAAUAUAUAUAUAGUGUUGUGCAUGUGGGAAAGGUGAACUAUGUAAGGAACUUCCCAUGUGUUAGACAAUUGACUUAAUGAUUGAGUGCGAGAAACCAUUCCCUGCCCCUUUUUUCGAUUUUUAUUUUUUUUGUUUCCCUCCCCCUCCCGUUCUCCUGUUGACUUGUUUAUUUUCCUCUCCUUCGUAUCAUUUUCUUUUUAUUUUAUUAUACUUUCCUUCAUCUCAUUUGUUCUGUCAGGUGUUUCCUGGCCAUCGCCUUGUCCAUCUCCUUCCUCCCGCCCACCUUCUCGCUACCAGUCAGGUCCUAGUUCUCUUCCACCUCGGGCAGCCACCCCUACAAGGCCGCCCUCCAGACCCCCUUCGCGGCCAUCCAGGCCCCCGUCUCACCCCUCUGCUCAUGGUUCUCCAGCUCCUGUCUCUACUAUGCCUAAACGCAUGUCUUCAGAAGGUACAAUACCUCUGUGUGUUUUUGUUUCUAUUUUUGUUUUUUCUUUUGUUUUUGCUUUUGUAAAAAUCCUUUUACUCCCUGCACCCAUGUUCAUGGAAUUCACAGGAGCUUUACCUUAAUUGCUUACAUUUUUGGCUUUAAUAAUUUGCAGUACUUGUCAAGACCUCCCUAUUGUAAUCUUUAUAAUUGGCUGAAAGCUAUGCAAGGUUGAAUUGCAGCCAUACAAUGGCUUUUUUGUCUGUCUUCAUUGGGAUAUGUUCAUUACUUGAUGUGUGUCUAUUUGUCUCUUUAGUGGAAAUAAAUAUUUAAGGUAGCUGUUAUGACAACCCUGGGCUUUCAGAUAUUGAAUGCAGUCUGGUGGCAUACUUAAAAAAACAAAAACGAAACAAAUAUCACUCUCAGAAGUAUGGAAAUGGCUACUCCUAUCCAUUUUAACAAAUGUUUAAUAGUUUUCUGUAGCAAGCUUUACAAUUUGUAGUCAUAAUGCAAAUUAUUUGUAUAGUAGUUUGGUUUAUUACAUCAUAUAGUGGAAAACAUGAAGCAUAAAUAUUAUACUUCAUAUUUUGAUAAUUAUAAAAGCUGUAGGUUGGUAACCUUGUUUUCCAAAUAAGGUGCAGUGCUGUAUCUGGCAGGUUGAACUCUUUCCCACCAGAGUGCAUCAAAGAGAGGUUGUCUAAAGUUGGCUGCUCUAGAGACCUCCACUUUAAAUUUCACUAUCAGAAAUCAGGAGGUCCUUGGCAUAAAUUAGGAACCAACUGAUCCCUUCCAUCCCUGACAUUUCUUAAAAUCUGCACUGUAAUGUUUCUUCUGCACAUGAAUGCUGCCUAGCACAUUUACCUGUACCUGUACUCCACCAUGCUGGAGUUAGCAGGAUUUAAAAGGAUGAUAACAUGAAACUGUCAUGUAAGUACAUAAAGUGAAUUAUCUUCUAAGACAUUUGAAUGUCAGUAGAAAUUGACUGCGAAGCAGCUUGUCCGUGUUCUACAGGACAGUUGAAUUUGAUUUGGGUGUGGUGGUUGGGGGGGCGCGCGAGGCAACGUAAAGUGAAAUCACCUCAGCACAGGUCAGCUUUUCAGCCAAAUCUGUUUAAACUAUUUAUUUAUGUUGGGAUAUCGUGUUUUCUUCUUAUAUUUGUUGUCCUGCAGUUCUACAUGUAGAAUGUUUUGCACUUUCAGGACCUCCGAGGAUGUCUCCAAAGGCUCAAAGGCACCCUCGCACACACAGAGUUUCUAAUGGUAGGAGUUCUAUAUGUGGUGGAUUAGAAUUUGUGUCUCGCAAUGAACCUGGAGAAAUUUCUGUGCCGCCUGUGGCUCGAAACAAUUCCGGUGGAACGUGGUCUUCUGUCGUCAGUGGAGGUGAGGUUGAAAAGGAUGGUGUGCCAACUACUCUGUGCUGUUUUAGCCCUGUCUUUUUGACUGCCUGGCUUUUGUGACCAAUGGUCGACGUUCCAGUCUGUGGGUGCAAGAGGAUUACAUCUGCUAGUUAUAAAAUUAAACUUUCUUGAAUACAUAGAUUAAAGUGUAAAGUAUUGGUCACAAGCUCAGGGCUGUCUGAAUGAAAAAUAUUCAAUAUCAAACAAUAUCUGUGCAGAACAAAUGCUACAACUAAGCUGCUAGAUUACUCUUGUGUUACAUUUUAAAGUAAAAACAAACCAGUCCUUGUAGCCCACUGGUUUGGCAACCACUCAUCCAUUAUGUUUGAGAGAAGUUUUUGAAGUGUUCUAUAUGGAUAUUGUUAUCAAAAAUAUGGACCACUGCUAAUAAGUUGUGUGGGGAAAAUCCUAUCAAUCAUAGCUGACAAAGUAAUGUUACUGUUAUUAAUGCAUGCAGAUACAUAUUUAAUUUUAAAUUAUUUUUUUAACUGGUAACUUGAUGUAGACUGCCAAAUGCAGGCAGUCUAUCAUGAAGGGUGGCAUAUUUGUUGAUUCUUUACAGGGUAGCUGUGCACGUGAGCAUAUAAAGUGUCUUGUGUCAUCUGUUUUGAUAUGCGAAUCCAGUGCGUGUGACUUCACUUGCGUGAGCAGUGCUGUCUUAGUGUACUGCAUGCAUUAAUAACUGUAACAUUACUUUGUCAGCCACGAUUCCGAUAAACCUGUAACUGGCCUGGCAUGAGCAGUGCUGUCUCACUUGCCUUCUGUAUAUCUUUUAUUUUUAUUUUUUUUUGGUUCUAAAUGUAUGCAUUUCUUUUGUAUGCUAUGGCUGGUAGCUAACUUCUUGUGGCUUUUGCAUAUCCCCAGUUCAACGUCUGUCCCCCAAGACGCAUAGGCCCAGAUCUCCCCGGCAAGGUAGCAUGGGAAGCGGUGGCUCAGGUCCUGCAUUGAAUUCUCCCCAGCCCGGUACUGUUCCUCCAGAAUCUGUUACCAUGCCAGCACCCGCAGCAUCUCCAACACUUGCCAGUCCUGCAUCCAACAGGGCAGUUACUCCAUCCUGUGAAGGUAUGUACUUCUAUAAUUCUGGACCUAAUGAGCUAUUCACAAAUCUAUAAAGCGCAUAAUUAUUUGGAGUGCCACCGUACAAAAAUUCACAUAAUGAGAUAAUUGAACAAGUGAAUGGUGUAGCAUAAACAUUAAAUAUUUUAGUCACUUAAAGAUUUGCUCUACCAUUCAGUUAAGUCAUACGCUAGUAAAGUGGCUUUGGAAGUGAUUUGCAAGAGGUCCAUCUCACAUAUAUCGGGGUGUAAACUUCUACUUGCCAUGGCUAAAUUUUCAUUUGACAAUGGUUUAUUGAUGAGUGGAAAUUUUAAGCUUUGCUAAAGCCAUAGAACCGUGAUGUUAAAAGGAAAACCUUUUUUUUUUUUUUUUUUUUUUUAUUAUAUCAAAAUAAAUGGUCUAACUAUUUCUAACUAUAUUUGUUUAUUAUGGACUGAUCCUCUCGAGCCAGAAGAUAUUAAAAUUUUUAUUGUAAAUGUGUUUUAGCAAAGGAUUCAAGGUUGCAAGACCAGAGGCAAAAUGCUCCUGCUGGCGCUAAAGAAACUAAUAAACAAAGUGAACCUUCAACAUUUCACAAACCUGAGAGCAAGGGUAGGUACUCUUGUUUAUUCUAUUAAAAUAGUAAUAGAAUUCAGUUUUUAUAAUUUUCCUUGAACAAGUGUAUAGAUAAAUGCCUUUGUAAGAGAGAACCUUGCAUACAUUGCUUGAUGGGUUUUAUGACUUGGGCUAACUGCUUAAUUGAUUAAAUUGUGUAUUCACCUUUGCUGUAUAGUAUUUAACGUGAUAUGCUAACUGGUUCCAUUCAGCGCUUAUAAAUCAAUCUGACUUGCUAAGCCACUUCCUGGUGUGGAGAGUGCUUACUUCAAUUUGGUGCAAAUGCUAGAGAAAUAAGGAGAAUUUGCUAAAUGAUUGCAAAUUUUAGGCCACUAAUGUGGAGUUGGACAGGGGUGUGUUUGUGUUGUUGAGAUAGAUAUAUAAUUUUUAUUUAUUUUUUCAUUUAACUUUUUAUUUUUGUCUGCAAUGUAACAUUUAUGGUUUAGUGAAGUGGGUGUAUAAUAUACACUUUUUUUUUUUUUUUGUAAAUCAUUUGUUGGAAAUCUUGAAUUCAGUAACAUUUUUUGCCUGUUUUUGGUUUUACAGUAGUGUCACCUGAACAAAGAAAACAACUUGAUGACCUGAAGAGAUUCAGGAACGAUUUUAGAGUAAGUGCUUGCAUUUUUAACAAGUGUUGGAUAUGAUUCACAUUAAAUUGUAAGUGAUGUCAUGGGUCAUGCUUGGAUUGUCAUCUUAAUGGAUUAUUUUUUUUCUUUUUUUUUCAGCUCCAGCCGAGUUCUAGUCCUGAUCCUAUGGAUCAGCUUCUUUCCAAAAAUCGUGAUGGUGGGGAGAAAGCUAGAGAGCUUAUAAAGGAGAAAGUUGACUCUGUAGCCAAGGAAUCCCCAAGUGAUAGUGGCAGCAAUGCCCCUACUAGCAAUAGUAGUAGUAAACCUAGUAGUCCUAGUGUCUCACCUUCUAUUAGUAGCAGCAGCAGUUCAGACCACAAAAGAGGUCUUGAAGUAACCUCUCAAGGUGUUCAGACCUCUGCUCCAGGAAAACAAGAACGUGAAGACAAAGAGGACAAAAAAGAAAAUGCUGCAGAGUAAGUUCUAUUGCGUUACAGCUGAUCAUGUGUGGGCUGUUUUUGUGUGUGCAUUACAUACAUGAGCUGUGACAUUAAAGAAAUGUUUUGGUCCUGGUAAAAUAAAUUGCUAAAGAAAUGUAGCCAUACUGGGAGUCCUGAUUCUUGGUUAUGGUUGGAUAUUUUGCCGGCAAUAUUCUGCUUUGCUUCAUAAAGAAUUCCUGCAUCUGUGUGUAACUAGAUUGUGUUUUAUGUUGUACCACAUAUUUUCAAUUCUUAUACUGGCUGACCAACUUUAUAUAUCCUCUUUUUUUGUAGGCAAGUGCGAAAAUCCACCCUAAAUCCUAAUGCAAAGGAGUUUAAUCCACGCUCGUACGCUCAGGUAACUAGGAACUCCAGCUGUUCAUCGUGAUAACGAUGCAUAUUGUAGGGCAUGGCCAGACUAUUCAAUUGGCACCCUGUAUUUACAAAUACAGUAUAUAAGCUAAGGCUCCAGGCUUUAUUUCCAAUGCACUGGACUUGUACUUUCUUCCUUCCCUGACUGAUAGAAUGAGUAACAUAACAUAAUUCAAAUUGUAUGUGUGUGUGUGUGUGUACAUUUAUAUUGCAUAAACAUUUUCCAUAGUGCUUUACAAAGUGUCCUUGUGGGGAUAGAAUAGAGAUGUAGGGAGCCAUUCUCUUAGUUGCUUGCCUAAACUGAAUGUGUGAAAGCUUUUUUUUUUUUAUCUUUAUGUAUUUUUGCUACAUUGCUUCAAUUAUUUUAACUCUUGGACGUGAUGUGUUUAUCUUCUAGCCCAAGCCUUCGACAACACCAACAUCACCUCGGCCACAAGCUCAACCAAGUCCCUCAAUGGUGGGACACCAGCAGCCAACCCCUGUGUAUACACAACCAGUUUGUUUUGCACCAAAUAUGAUGUACCCAGUUCCCGUUAGCCCUGGGGUGCAGGUAACUUAAAUUUGCAUUUAAAGUUGUCUUCAUUCAUGAUCCUGAGGCAUGGUACAAUCAUGUUUUAAAGAUACUGCUGCAGUCUUACUACGUGUGCUGGGAAUGAUGCAUUGUCCGUUGUAGUCAGUAAUUCUUUGCCCCUUGGAAAUGUUUACAUAUGGUAGGGACACUUUUUUUUUUUUUUUUCUCAAGUGUUUGUCAAAUUGGAAAUUUUCUACCUAAUGGGGAUGAUUUGCCUUUUUAGAUUUUGCCUUUUAGUUUGUGUUUAUAUUUUGCAAAGCUAUAGCUUUUUGGUUUUAAAUAAGUUUUUCAUAAUGGUCUUCAGCAUUUGUAUGAGUUUCGUCGAUCAUUAUAGUAUCCAACUGGCUAAACCAUGUAUUGCUGACUACUGUUUUACCAUUCUUUCUUUAAAAUUACCUUGCAAAGUCAACGGACUCAUCUUGUACUUGUAUCCUUAAUCAUGCUUUACAUGGUAUAUUAAUGUGCCACUAUUUGUAUUUAUUUUUAAGCCAUUGUAUUCAAUUCCGAUGACGACCAUGCCAGUGAACCAGGCCAAAACUUACAGAGCAGGUAAAGGUGAGAUGUGCACAUCUGUGCUUAGUUACUGUCUGCAUGCUGCAUGACUUCAAAUGGGAUAAUCCAGGUUUAAGUUGACCAUUUUUGUUUCGUUCUUAAAUGCUUUAAUAUAUAAUCAAAAGCAGUAAAUAAACAAUCACAUUUGAACUUCCUGACUUCUGCAAAUCCUCCUGCUUAGUCUCCCUCAACCAGGAAGGGAUUCACCCAAUCAUGAUGCUCACUUAACUAGCUCAACAGCUGCUGAUUGUUUCUGGAAGUUAUAAAAAGACCACUAUAGAAUUAGAAAUAUCGACCCGUAUUCCUAACGCUACGGGUCUCCUAUCCGUAGUAUUCCAACGCACACCCCACCGUGCCUUUGUAUAAAAAUAAAACAAACAGGGUUUUUACUUCCCUUUUUCCAGUGCCGAUAAUCCGUUUUUUUUUUUUUUGUUUGUUUGUUUUUUUAAAAUUUAUUUAUUUUUUUAUUUAUUUAUUUUUAUCAGCUUCCCAAGAGGUCAUCGAGGAGGCACAGUUUCCUCCUGUGAUGGUCCAGUCCAAUGUUUAGCACCAAAGUCAAUGUUUUCCAAUUACAUUCUAUAUGAGCUGCAUCAUGUGACCAUUUUACUCUGUCAGCACAUAGUAAGACAGGCACCAGAGGUGUGCUUGUUUAAAAAAAACUGCAGUGUUUGUCAUUGCAGGGUUAAAUUGACAAGACCCCUUCAUUGAGAUUAAGUGCUCUUGGUGACUUUAGUGGACCUUUACAUUUUUAAAUAUAUUAAGCUUUCUACUGUAUAAAAGAACAACUUGAGUUAACCAGAGAAAUUACACCAUGUGCCAAUGUUCAGGAAGGAAAGAGACAGACUGUUGGGGUAGAAAUUGUGGUCUUGUGGACAAAAUGGAUAUUAACUCAAAACCUUUAUUGAUUACAUAAAGUAAAAAGUAACUGCACAUUGGUGUCUAUUCUAGCUUAAUUUAAACAGGUCUGUUUUAUAUCUUGACAUAGCAUGUGUGUCCCUCCCAUUCACCGGUUUCUCUAUUGGGUUAUUUUCAUUUUUUUUUUUUGGACUCUGGCACUCUAACAUCAAAUACCAUUAAAGGACCUCAAUAGUGCCAGGAAAACAAACUAGUGUUCCUGGCACUACAGGGCCAUUAGGUCCCCCUCCUGCUGGGCUAAAGGGGUUAAAUCCUCUUCAGCAACCUACCUUUCUCCAGCGCCUCUCUCCUCCCCAGUUGACGUCCGAUCCGAAUGCGCGGCAAGAGCCGCGUGUGCAUUCAAACCGCCCAUAGGAAAGCAUUACUCAAUGCUUUCCCAUAGACGUCCAGCGUCUUCUCGCUGUGGUUUUUCACAGUGAGAAUCGCGGAAGCGCCUAUAGCGGCUGUCAAUGAGGCAGCCACCAGAGGCUGGAUUAACCCUCAGUGAAACAUAGCCGUUUCUCCGAAACUGCUCUGUUUUCAGAUGCAGGACUAAAACUAGAGGGUCCUGCCUAUAGUGGUCCUUUGACCAUAAUUGUAUUGAAUAUCUACUUUAUGCCCGCCCUGUGUCACAUUUUAUUCCUGUUACAAUUUAGACCAUUGUUUAUUUAAAAGACAGAUUUAUUUGCAUGAAAAGUGGACGGCUUAUAAUAGGGAAAGAGGGGGGAUGGGUAACAUUAAAUUACUGAUUGUUAAUUAUGCUGACUUUGUUUUCAGUUCCAAAUAUGCCCCAGCAAAGGCAAGAUCAGCAUCACCAGAACACAAUGAUGCAUCCAGUGUCUGCAGCUGGACCUCCAAUAGUAACGUCACCUGCCUAUUCUGCGCAGUAUGUGACUUACAGCCCUCAGCAAUUUCCGAAUCAGCCUCUCAUGCAACACGUUCAACAUUAUCAAUCGCAGGUAUUUACUUCUAAAAAUAUUGUAGUGCAGAAAGGGCUUCUAAAGACUGUUUAAAUGUAUUAUUCAUUAUGUGUUUUGCAAACUGUCAUGACAAGAGGUAAAGUCAUCCCUUGAUGAUCAAGUAAUUUUUGGUUUAUAUAGAAAGCAAUAUGAGUUGGUUUGUAUUAAAAGGCAUUUUAAUGAAUGGACGAGUGAACAUUAAUGGUGUCCGGAAAGACUAAAAGAAGGAAUAAGGGAAAAACAUUUUAAUUUAACCAAAUAAGCUCACUCUAAUAUAUUUUGUUUUUACAGCCUCCACAUAUGUAUGGCCAAGUUAUACAAGGGGGUACCAGAAUGAUUCCACCACCAACGCAUGCACAGGCUGGCUUAGUAUCCUCAUCUGCUACACAGUAUGGAGCCCCAGAGCAAACACAUGCUAUGUAUGGUAAGAGUCACGGCCAUAAGACAGAACCGUAUAAUACAGACUUGGAAUUUCCUUCACGGUCUUAUUUUUCUACAUAUUCAUAAAUAACCGUUGUCGGUUUCAUUUUGGAUUUAAAUAUGCUGUAGUACCUAACUGUUCAGACAUCUCUGGAUUUUAUCUUUUUAUUUGUUCUUAUGGUAAAUAUUCUAUAUUAUUAGACACUUUAAUCUAAAACUAUCCCCAAUGCUUAGUUUCGUAGAUUAAAGGUAAGGGGAUCAUAUGUAUGCGUGAGAGGAGAUUUUAUCCCUUAUCUCUAGAUUUAAAUCUAUUAUUACUCUGACAAUGUUAAUGCAGCUUCUCAGUCCCAAUUAAACCUUGAGUGGAAAAAGUUUUGAGCCCAUCCAGAUGUGUGCAUGUGAUAAACCAUACAUACUCUUGGCAUUUUCAUAAUUGUCACAAACACGUAGGCAAGAAUAUUUUUGUAUCUUGAGCUAAAGAUUAGUGUUGCUAUUUUGUUCUUUUAGGUUAAACAAAUCUAAUAUUGUAGUCUUUAACAUUAUUGUAGGAUCUAUAAAGUAUUCUCAUAUGUUCCUCAUCGUGCUGAUGUUACUUUGGCUAAGAUACAACUAGAUUUAAAUAUUUAAAGUGAAACUGUUACUUUAUUUACCACAAUAUGUGCAUGCAUGGAUACUACCCUCAUUUUGACAAACUAAAAAAAACAACAACAAAACACAAAAAAUAAAAUAAAAACCUUGCCUUAUUGGCACUUAAAUUGCUGUAUGAGCACAUAUGUGUUCAGCACUUCCGCCACCAGUGGAGAAAGUAAAGAAGUUAACUAAUUUGCAUGAUUUGCCAGACAUGGCAAGAACUGUAUGUAAAUGUAAAAGCAAUUUUAAGAAUGUGUGUAUUUUAAAUGGCCCACUUUUUAGCUAACUUCGUUUUUUGGUUUUUUUUGAUCAUGUUAUUGGCUACUAUUAAGGGGACACUAUAGUCGCCAAAACCAAUACAGCUUAAAGUAGUAGUUCUAGUGUCUAUAGCCUGUUCCUGCACUUUCAGCAAUGUAAACCCUGUGUUUAGAGAGAAAAAGCAGUGUUUACAUUGUUACAUCUCUGAGUAUUUUUGCUGUGCAUGUACAGUAGCUUUUUUUUAUAGAAGUUGUGGCACAGCCAUGAUGAAAUCAGUAUGGCGAUGGAGAAAAGGUAGCUAAAAUUCCUUCUUAUAUUUUGGGAGGAAGUGGACACCUAAAUAGGUAGUCCAGCACUAUAGUGUUAGGAAGGCAUGUUUUUAUUCCUAAUGCUAUAGUGUAGCUAGAUCUGUAAAUCAAUUAUUUCCACAAUUGGUGUAAAUACCAAUUUUUAAGAUUUUCUGCUACUUUUUUUGCAGAAUCUUUCAUCCUGUUGGUGCCCUAUGUACCAAUUACAGACCCAGGCUAAAAUUUGGCUUGCCUGAAGAAAAUGUUAAUGGAGAAAAUUCACUUGCCUAAAUUGUAAACAUUCUAUUUAUUUUCCCCUGCCUUGUUACCAGUUACUACUUGAAUGACCGGGUUUGAGCAAUAUAGUGACUACUGCUAUACCAGCUAAGCUAUAUUUAAUACAGCAGUGAUUUAUUUCAAAGUAGAAUCUUGAAAUUGCUCCAUAUAUUUAGUCUGUUAAAUUUCUGUCUUAUUUUUCCUGUUUUGGCCAGUAUGUUUUUUCAUAACUCCAAAAAGAUGAAGGAAGAAUGGGAUCGCAUCAAAUGUCUGUGGAUUGUAUACAUGCUGUAAUUGUAGGAGUGCAAUUUCAGGUCUUGCAGCUUUUUACAUGGCUCUUAUCUGAGUUAUCACGAUUUGUGGCUUUCGUUUGCUCUUUAAUCUAACUCUUGCUUGGUUCAUCUAAUCUAUGCUCACUGAAUAUGACAUUUGUUAAUGGGCAUAAUUUUAGCCCCAGUAAGACACCAGUAUGCACAUAUAUUUCCUCCACAGUGGAAGGUAUUCAAACAUAAAUGUUUAUUUGCCACUGACAUCUUUGAAAAACGUAACCGCAUAAAUAAAAUUUGUCCUUGCAUAAAUGUCAGCCUUAUUUUGCUUUCACAAAAAGGCUAAUUUAAUUUACCUUUCUAUUUCCCCAAAUUCAGCAUGUCCCAAAAUACCCAACAACAAGGAGACAGCCCCUUCUUUCUACUUUGCCAGUGAGUUGUUGUUUUGUUUCAAUUUCCUGCAUAUUGACUGCUUUUAAGAACUCCAUUGGUAAAAUGUCCUUUUGCAAAGCUUUCCUUUCCAGACAUGGUGAACAUGUAGUAUGGACUCAAGUGCUUGUGAAAUCUAACCUUCCUAUCAUACAUUUUUCACUCUGGUCACUUCAUUGUCUUUCUGGGGAAUUAUUUUCUUACAAUACUGUAGAUGUGCCGUGUAUUUAAAAAGCAGAGCAUGUUCCAAGGCACUUAUCAAAGAAAGAAUACAAACUUUGCUCUAUAAGUGUUGCAGUUCUUUUGGCAUCUUUUUGAAGGUUGCCUCCGGUGUUGCAAUAAACCUAAUCGUGUAUUUUUGACUAAUUGAAAAAGAUAGCAUUACGUGAAGGUGGGCCUUUUCUGUUUGUUUUUAUUUAUUACAUCUGUCUAUUAACUUAUAGAAACAGAGCCUUGGCCCAAGCAUGACCUAGGGGUCUUAUGGGCUCAAGAUGUGUUUCAAAACUAUGAAAAGGUUUCUUCAAGAAUGCUACCUUUCUAUAUAAUAUAUAUUUUCUAUAAAGUAAAUAGUCUUUACUACUCCGAUGAGGAACGUGUGUAUUGAAUUAGCUUCAGCAUAUCUUUUCUGCAAACUAGGUUAAGGUGGUGGUGGUGGUUUUUUUUUUCUUUCUUUUUUUUUCUCUCAAGAGUAGCCAGUGCAUGUAUCAAAGUGCUAUCUGCAUCAGCAUAUUUUAGAUUAAAAUUAUUCAUCAAGGAUUACACAAGAUGUAGUAAAUGCUAAACCAAUGUCUUUGGUUAGUGUUUGAAAAUGCUGUUUUGUGUGGGUUUUUGUUUUUCCUUUAAUAUAAAGCUUAAUUCCAGGUUCCAAUUUAAAUUCUUGCAUUGUUUAAAAAGCCAAUAUCCUAGAUGGGAAAUGCACUGCGCAUAUUUGUGGAAUAGUGCAGAUUUUAUUAAAAUGUAAUUUAAUCCAUGUACAAUAUGUGUAUUGGGAGGGGGCCCACUUCACCUAAGUUCUUAUACAUAGCUAUUCACAUUCUUCACAACUGUCUCAUAUAAGAUUCUCUGCAAGUUAUGUGGACUGCUAUCAGGAAGAAAUCAUUAAAGGCUAUAAACCAACUUAAGUCUCUAAUUCAAUCUAGAGGUUUACAUAAAACUGCAGCAAAAAAUUCUGUUGCUCAUUUAAAGGGACACUAUAGUCACCAAAACAACUUUACGUUAAUGAAGUGGUUUUGGUGUAAAGAUCAUGCUCCUAGUGUCUCACUGCUCAAUUCUCUGCAAUUUAGGUGUUAAAUCAAUUUUGUUUCUGUAACCCUAGGCACACUUCCUAGGAAGAGUCAUCUAAUGUUUAUACUUACUUUAUUGCAAAUUUUGUAUAACUUAGAAUUUCUCGUCUACUGUUCUGUUAAUAGCUUGCUAGAUACUGCAGGAGUCUACUGUAUGUAAUGAAAGUUCAAUUUACAGAGCAGGGGAUACAAUCUUUUAAAGUAAAUUACAUCUGAUUGAAAAUGAAACAAUUUUUGUUCAUGUAGGCUGACUAGGGCUGCAUCAACACACAAAAAUGAAAGAACUCAUAAAUGGCAGAAAAUUGAGCAGUUAAACUUGUUUUGGUGACUAUAGUGUCCCUUUAAUUCAUCUGAUAAAGGUAAAUUAUAUUCUUGAUGUGUAUAUAUAAUACAGUGUUUUUGUUUAGUGGGCCUUCGACUGUUCAUUUUCUGUGUUUGAGACUUAAGAGUUGCAUAUUGAAUGCCAUCUUGGAGACUUGGUUUGCUUCAUCUGGCAAUCAAAUGUGAGGCUUUAUUAUUCGUAUGGUAAAAGCAAACCAAACCCAAUCACGUUGAGCAAAUGAGCUACUUUGGUAUUAGUGGCGGCGAAGAGUUCCUAAAGAGCUGGGGUGGACCCCCAGGUAAGAAGUCAAACUACUUACAAUGGGGUUGUGUGGUCUCCAGGGCACACCUGGUACCAUAACCACUGUGAUGAGCUUUAAUGGUUAUGCUGCUUGGAGUGUACCUUUUUUAAGUAUUGUUGUCUUCCCUUUAGGUCUAGCCUGCCUUUGCCGUCCAGACCGCCAGCUUACAUUUGCAGUAUUUUUGGAUUUUCUCCCCACUUCUGUUUUGUUAACAUGCUUUGAGAAUGUUUUGAAACCUUAAGAAUGUUAUCAAACUCUAAAAUGUUUUUUUUCAUGGAUUUCAGUUUCUACCAGCUCACUGGCACAGCAGUAUGCCCAUCCUAGUGCUGCUCUACAUCCACAUCCACCUCACCCACAGCCUUCAGCUACUCCCACUGGCCAACAACAGAACCAACAUGGUGGCAGUCACGCAGCCCCAAGUCCUGUACAAGUAAGUGAUUGUUAUUUUACACAGUGUGCUGUUACAUAAUUUCUAUCUAGAACUUCCCUAAUAUCCCUUCAAACUAAUAAAACCUUUAUGCAUACAAUCGCUUGGUUUAUUGUAUGAUUUAAUAAGUCCUAUUUUGAAGACUUAUAGGACGAUACUAGACAUGAAUGUUGGCAGGCUGCUCAUGCCGAGUACUUUUGACAAGUAACCCACCCACUGUUGGCCACAAUUGAAAGUUUUUUUGUUUGUUUUUUUUUUGUUUGUUUUUUACGUGAAACUUUAUUAAUACAAGUUUCUUUCUAUUUUCCAGCACCAUCAGCAUCAAGCUGCACAGGCUCUCCAUUUAGCAAGUCAACAGCAGCAAUCUGCAAUAUACCAUGCUGGACUGGCACCCACACCACCUUCUAUGACCCCUGGGUCCAAUGCCCAGUCACCACAGAACAGUUUCCCAACUCAACAGACUGUAUUUGCACUCCAUCCCUCGCACGUGCAGCCUGCCUACACAAACCCACCACACAUGGCUCACGUUCAACAGGUAACUGUUCUACAGCACUUCAUAUUUGGUUUAAACAAAUCACUGCUACAAUACAAGGAAUUUGAGACACACACUUCCACUCUCUCUUUAUUUAUUAUUUUUUUCUUUUUUUCACAUUUUUAGUAUGGUCUAUCAGAAUGGUUCAAGUGAUUAUAUAAAGGGGAAAUACAUGCAUGUUGCAGUCUGCUGCUCUUGUACCCUAUAAUUGGUAAUACUCAAUGAUACCGUGGCUUGGGUAUUGAUGUUUGCUCUGUGUAUUUUAUUUUAUUUUUUUAACUUUUAUAUAGAUCGCACGGUACAAAUUGUUCCAUUAACUUCCAAUAGGCGAUAUCUGUUUUUGUUCCAUUAUACAUUUCGAAUUGAUUUGCAAUUUUAUUUUUCCCUUUGCAGGCUCAUGUGCAAUCAGGAAUGGUUCCAUCACACCCAUCUGCUCACCCAAUGAUGCUUAUGACUGCACAGCCACCAGGGGGCCCUCAGGCUGCUCUGGCUCAAAGUGGUUUACAGCCCAUUCCUGUGUCUACAACUGCACAUUUUCCCUAUAUGACCCAUGCUCCAGGUAACCCAACAUAAUGAAUGAUUCAGUCAGUGCAGCAUUUCAAAUUGUCAGAAAGAUGUUGAACAGACAGACUGAUUCACUGCGAAUUAAAAUGGGAAUCUGAUGCCGUCUUCUGGGCUGGUAUUAUUUUAGGCAUUUAUAUUUUAAUAGUUUUGACCUAUUAUGAAAAGUUAGGUAUUUCUAGAUUUGAGUUUUAAACAAAUCCAAAAUGUCUUCUGUUUUUUUUUUUGUUUUGUUUUUUUUAAUUUAUUUUUUAAAUAUUCAUUCAGUUAGACAGUGGCAUUUGGGACAUGUAUGUGUGAUUGACUAAUUCCAUCUUCAAACCCUAUGAUGGAAUUCUAUUGAUGCAUAUUGAUUGGGAUUCCCCCACAUCCCAUCCCCUAGACUAAAUACUAGACUUUAAGGCACACCUAACCCUGAUAUUAAAAUGUAAACAUUAGUGUAAAAAAUAAAUUGCGGACUUUGCGUGUGUGAUUUAUUUGUUAACCUUAUUGGAAAUGGCAUUUAUUUAUUUUAUUUUAUAUUUCCCUUUCCAGUGCAAGCACAUCACCAACAGCAGCUGUGAAUCUGGAGUGCGAUCAGUGAAAAGGCUGGAACCCUUUUAUAGGCCAAAAACUUCCCACGUGCUUCCUUCCUGGAAGCAUUGUCAUCUAGAAUCUCAUUUUUGUUUAAAAUAAAUCUUGAUUUCUUUUAACAUCCGAUAGGAAUGCUAACUGAUCAUCUUGCAGUGGGAAAGAUUCGGACUGUGUAGAGGCAUGUAGGAGCUUGCAGGCUACCCUGUGCGCUGCAUCAGUCCUCCUAAAGACCCAACCUUUGCUUGCUGAUAACUGGAAGUUAUUUAUUUUUAAAGUCCCUUCUAAGUUAUGAACUCAUCAGCUAGCGAAGGAAGUAACACAAUUUGAUUCUUGCUGCUAUCUUCACCUUAAAAAAAACAAAAUCAAGACUCUAAAAUCCCUUUUACUUCUAACUAAACUUGAAACCGAUUCAGUAAAGAUUCUGAUCAUCAACCUGAUGUAUUAUUAUUUAUGAGUCGGGUCUGAUGAUACAGCUGCUGCCUCCAACAGCGGUGUAACUUUUAAGUUAAGAAAAAAAAAAAACUUUUACUUUGUAGAUAAUAUAAAAUAAAACCUAAAAAAAAAAUAAAAAUAAAAAAAGUUUUAAAAACUGAA